GUAUAGUGCAUUACUGCAGAUCCCUUGUCCUUGCAGAACCCAGAUCACACACCAAAGCUCAAGCCAAUUAGCCUUACGCCUAUUGGCUAAACCCUUCUAUGGAAUGCCAAUCAAUGAAUCACCGCCUUCGCCUUUUGACCGAUCGUGUUUACGCCGAACGGGUUUGUAAAGGACAGAGAUACUCGCCAAGCCCUCCCCGCCAUAAGGAAACACGUGGGACGGUAAAAAGCCAAUGCCAUACAAUUGAAGUAGAUAUGACACUUAGGCCACGGCAGCCUCUACACAUUUUUACGAGAAUUUUGAUUUUAUACUUGGUAACGAAUCGUGCUAGACGGGAAAACGAAAUGCGGUAAGAGAACCGCUUAAGCGGUGAAGGUCAAAGAGUCGAACUUGGAGUAAGCAACACCGAGGGAGUAUCUGUCAACCUUGGCGGAGGCAAUGUCAUAGCCCAAUUCACCACCA